UCUCUCACCGUCUGAUUGAGCCCAGGCUGUGCGGGGGCUCCCUGCGGGAUCAGAGCGCUCCCCCGCCGGGACUCCACUCCUCACAUCCCCCUGCUGGGACUCCGCUCCAUCCCCAGCCCAGCCUGGCUUUAUUAUGUGUGUCUGCAGUGCAGCCCCAGCAGCAGCAGCGAGAGCAGGAGGGGAGAGAGCCGGGACAAAGAGCAGCCAGCCGGCCGGGCGGCAUGAGAUAGGGAACCGGGCAGGCUGCGGCGGCUUCACCGCGGCGCAUGGGGGCAGCUAGCGGCGCCAGAGCACGGGACACACCGGCGGCAGCUGGACCGGGAACCGGGGACCGACCGGAGGGACACUGAGCUCCCCAGCACCGGGGGCAGGGAUCCUCUCCCAGGCAGGGCUGAGAGGGGCAGAUAGUACCCCGGACAGGGGCAGAUAGCGUCCCAAGCAAGGGGACAGGGGCAGAUAUUACCGCAGGCAGGAGAGAGGGGCAACAGAGUACUCCAAGAAGGAAAACAGGGCAGGAUAUUACUCUAGGCAGUAGUGAAAGGGGCAAAUAGUACCCCAGGCAGAGGGAUAAGGGUAAGAUAGUACACCAGUUAGGAGGGUAAGGCAAGAUAGUACCCCAGACAGGAGAUAUAGGGGCAGAAUAGUACACCAGGAAGGGACAGGAUACUACCCCAGGCAGGAGACAAGGGGAAAGAUAGUACCCCAGACAGGAGAUAUAGGGGCAGAAUAGUACACCAGGAAGGGACAGGAUACUACCCCAGGCAGGAGACAAGGGGAAGGAUAGUACCCCAGACAGGAGAUAUAGGGGCAGAAUAGUACACCAGGAAGGGACAGGAUACUACCCCAGGCAGGAGACAAGGGGAAGGAUAGUACCCCAGACCCAGGCAGGAAACAAGGGGAAAGAUAGUACCCCGGACAGGAAAGGCAAGAGUCAGAAUAGCACCCCGGUACAGUGAGAUAAAUACAUCGAUUUUAGCCCAAGCAGGGCAGAGAGAGAGAGGGGUUGAGUAGGAGAGUAUUAAUCUAAACGUGUUAAAAGGGUAAAAUAAUAUCCCAAGGGAGUGGGAGAGAGGGACACUGUUAUUACUGCAGAAAAAGACUAGGGGCAGAAAUAUUACCCUAAAGAGGGAAGAUAGCUGUAUACUUGCCUAAGCAGUGUAUUGCCCUGGGCAAGAAGAGCUGCUACCCUUGGCAGGAUAGAAGGGGUUAAUUGUACCCUAUACUAGGGCAAGGGCAAAGCAAAAAGGAGCGAAUAUUAUCUUGUAUCCCCCCUAUUCAGACCCAGGCAGGGGCAAACAGAAAGGCUGGGGGCAGAAAUAGCAAAAACAGGAUAAGGGGGCAAGAAGUCAUAUUCCGGACAGACAGAGGGCAAUAGACUGGCCUUAGUAGAGUAAGGGGGGUAAAUAUAUUUUCUUACCUCUAGCAGGAAAGAAGGGGUAGUAAUUAGACCCAAAGAGGAAAAGAGACAGUGAGAGUUAGAAUCGCUAGACUUCCAUCCAGGGGAAGUAAGGCUAUAUAUAGAGAGGCUAGUGCGAGAAAUUAUCUGUAUAUAUAUAAUUAUAUAUUAUCUGUAUUAUUAGUGGAGAUUUAAAGAGCCUUGUACAUAUUACACUGAUCAGGAGCGAUAGAAGACAGCAUAGUCUGUGUAUUUAUUGCCUCUGGUAUUUUGGAAGGAAAGGAAAGCGACUGCCUAGAAGAUAGGAUUUGCAAAAUUCUAUUUGAUACAAAAACAUAGUAUGCAUUUGUAAGGGGGUGCAGUAUUUAACCCUAAAAUAUUUGAAGUUGAAGAGUAUUACCUUGAAGUAUUAGUAAAGAGGCUGGGACUGUAAUCUCCCCUAAAAUAAAUUCUGCCAGGUUACAUACAAACUAUAAAGCAUCAUCCCCAAAGAGAAUAUAGUACCUCAUAGUAUAUUGUCCAAGUACAUCAAGGGUGAAUAUCCAAGUGAAGCAUUGGGUUUAUUUGACCUACUAGACUAGAAGAAUUUAUUUGCCCACAUUUCCAGUCCAGGAUAUUUAGUAUUUAGAAGAUCUGAAAAGGAGCUAGGCAUUGUGUUUGAUAGUGGUGCAGAUAUUAGGAAAAGCACCUCUUAACCUGCUAGCUAGAUAGCCUCCUGUCCAUAAAAAUAUCCCUCCCAUUAUUUAUUAAAGUGACUAAUUUGAUUAUCACUCAUUCCCCCCAGGCUAUAGAAUUUAUCCUAUUUUUUUUCCAGCAACACUUUUUUUUGUGUGUGUGGCUACCCCAAGGGCUUGGGGUAGGGGGUAUAACUGCUCCUCCCUCCUCUUCCCAACCCCCUCUGCACCCAAGGGAGCAAGAAUCCCACACAAUAGGAACUUUAACACAAUAAGUGAAAAGAAAAAGAGGGGGGAGAGUUUGCAAGAGGGAUCCAGCCGCAGGUAUCUGUGAAAGAGGAGACAGCACACAGUAAACCUGAGCCUAGAAUUAAUACGGUUCUUGGACAAUAUUUUUUUUGGGGGGGGGGAGUGUUUUGAAGUGAAAAGGGGGGUUAGCUUUGAGGAGCUGUGGAGAUGUCCAGGAGGAAACAGGCCAAGCCACGUUCGGUGAAAGUGGAAGAUUCAGAAGACUUUGGCCUGAACUGGGAGUCUUCUCUGUGCCAAACAGGAGGUCUGGGAAGGGAGGCAGAGAGAGAAGGCCGAGGUUUGGAAGACGGUAACAGCGUGACCAGUCAGGAAGAGAGGAUUGAGGAAGAGGAGCUGGAGGACGAGUCAAUUUACACCUGCGAUAACUGCCAGCAGGAUUUUGAUUCCUUGGCCGAGUUGACGGAGCACCGGACCCAGCACUGCCUCGGAGAUGGUGAUGACGACCCACAAUUCUCUUGGGUGGCUUCAUCUCCCUCCAGCAAAGACGUUGCAUCACCCACUCAGAUGGUAGGAGAUGGGUGUGAUCUUGGCAUAGGAGAAGAGGAAGGGGGAUCUGGGUUACCAUAUCCCUGCCAGUUCUGUGAUAAGUCUUUCAGUCGUCUGAGCUACUUGAAAAGACACGAGCAGAUCCACAGUGACAAACUACCUUUCAAGUGCACCUACUGUAGUCGUCUGUUUAAACACAAACGAAGUAGAGACCGCCACAUAAAGCUUCACACCGGGGACAAAAAGUAUCACUGCCACGAAUGUGAGGCUGCAUUCUCACGCAGUGACCACCUGAAAAUUCACCUAAAAACCCACAGUUCCAGCAAGCCGUUUAAAUGCACAGUGUGUAAGCGGGGUUUUUCCUCUACUAGCUCUCUACAAAGUCACAUGCAGGCUCAUAAAAAGAACAAGGAACACUUGGCCAGAUCGGACAAAGAGAUGAAGAAAGACGACUUCAUGUGUGAUUACUGCGAGGAGACCUUCAGUCAGACUGAAGAGUUGGAGAAGCACGUGAUGACACGACAUCCACAGCUGUCUGAAAAAGCUGAUCUGCAGUGUAUUCAUUGCCCUGAAGUAUUUGCAGAUGAAAACACUCUGCUUGCCCAUAUUGACCAAGUCCAUGCCAACAAGAAACACAAGUGCCCCAUGUGUCCAGAGCAGUUUUCUUCAGUGGAAGAAGUUUAUUGUCACCUAGACAGUCAUAGGCAGCCUGACUCCAGCAACCACAGCAUUAGUCCUGAUCCAGUCUUGGGAAGUGUAGGUUCUAUGAGCAGUGCCACACCAGACUCUAGUGCCUCAGUGGAGCGAGGUUCAACUCCAGAUUCAACUCUUAAGCCAAUAAGAGGCCAUAAGAAAACCCAAUCAUUGGAUAGAGAGGAUGGCCAAUCCUGGUCCAAAAUUAACUACAGCUGCCCUUACUGCACGAAACGAGACUUCAACAGCUUGGCUGUUCUGGAAAUACAUUUAAAGACGAUCCAUGUGGACAAGCCACAGCAGUCACACACAUGUCAAAUAUGUCUGGAUUCUUUGCCUACCCUGUAUAAUCUUAAUGAGCAUGUGAGGAAAGUGCAUAAAAAUCAUGCAUACCCUAUGGUGCAAUUCAGCAACAUAACUGCUUUCCACUGUAACUAUUGUCCUGAGAUGUUUGCAGAUAUAAAUAGUCUGCAGGAGCAUAUUCGCAUAACUCAUUGUGGUCCUAAUGCUACAACUCAAGAAGGCAACAAUGCUUUCUUCUGUAACCAGUGUUCUAUGGGAUUUCUUACAGAAUCCUCCUUGACUGAGCAUAUUCAGCAAACCCACUGCAACGUAGGAAGUUCAAAACUAGAAUCUCCUGUCAUUCAGCCAACACAGUCUUUCAUGGAAGUGUACUCCUGCCCAUAUUGUACAAACUCCCCCAUAUUUGGCUCUAUAUUGAAGCUCACAAAGCAUAUUAAGGAAAACCACAAGAACAUUCCAUUGGCAAACAAUAAGAAGUCAAAAUCCGAACAGAGUCCGGUUUCCUCGGAUGUUGAAGUUUCUUCCCCUAAGAGGCAACGAUUGUGUGCAAGCCUGAAUUCUGUGUCCAAUGGAGAGUAUCCUUGCAAUCAGUGUGACCUAAAGUUUUCCAACUUUGAUACCUUUCAGACACACUUAAAGUCACACUUGGAGCUGCUCUUACGAAAACAGUCUUGCCCUCAAUGCAAAGAAGACUUUGAUUCUCAGGAGUCCCUCCUGCAACAUCUCACAGUACACUACAUGACCACAUCCACGCACUAUGUGUGUGAGAGCUGUGACAAACAGUUUUCUUCGGUGGAUGAUCUGCAGAAGCACUUACUGGACAUGCAUACUUUUGUGUUAUAUCAUUGCACACUGUGCCAAGAAGUCUUUGAUUCUAAGGUUUCCAUCCAAGUGCAUUUGGCAGUAAAGCACAGCAAUGAGAAGAAAAUGUAUCGUUGUACAGCAUGCAACUGGGACUUCAGGAAAGAAGUAGAUCUUCAGCUCCAUGUCAAGCACAGUCAUUUGGGCAACCCAGCAAAGUCUCACAAGUGCAUCUUCUGUGGGGAGACCUUCAGUACUGAAGUGGAACUGCAGUGUCACAUUACAACUCACAGCAAGAAAUACAACUGCAAAUUUUGCAGCAAAGCUUUCCAUGCAAUCAUUCUGCUGGAGAAGCACCUGCGUGACAAACACUGCGUGUUUGAUUCAAACAAUCAGAAUGGUACAGCCAAUGGUAUGGUUCCAGCAAGUAAAAAAUCCGAGACGGCAGAAGUGCCAAGUGUGUUGAUGAAGAAUCCUGAUGUCACCAAUAGUCAUGAGGCCAGUGAAGAUGAUAUUGAUGCUUCUGAACCAAUGUAUGGUUGUGACAUCUGUGGGGCGGCUUACACAAUGGAGGUUCUCCUCCAGAACCAUCGAUUGAGGGAUCACAACAUUCGACCUGGGGAAGAUGAUGGUUCUAGAAAGAAGGCUGAGUUCAUCAAGGGCAGUCACAAAUGCAACAUCUGUUCAAGAACAUUCUUCUCUGAGAAUGGACUUCGUGAACACAUGCAGACACACAGGGGUCCCGCAAAACACUACAUGUGUCCGAUAUGUGGAGAACGGUUCCCAUCUCUCUUGACACUAACAGAACACAAAGUUACCCACAGCAAAAGUUUGGACACAGGAACGUGUAGAAUCUGCAAAAUGCCACUUCAGAGUGAAGAAGAAUUUAUUGAACACUGUCAGAUGCAUCCAGACCUUAGAAAUUCCCUCACUGGAUUCCGCUGUGUUGUGUGUAUGCAAACUGUCACUUCAACUCUUGAGCUUAAAAUUCACGGGACAUUCCAUAUGCAGAAGUUGGCUGGCAAUUCGGCCGCCUCCUCUCCUAAUGGACAGACCUUGCAGAAGAUAUACAAGUGUGCUCUGUGUUUAAAGGAAUUUAGAAAUAAGCAAGAACUUGUAAAGUUAGACGUUAAUGGCUUGCCAUAUGGCCUAUGUGCAGGAUGCUUGAGCAGAUCAACUAACGGUCAGCCUUCUAAUCCAGCUCCUCAAGAUGUCUGUGACCGACUCUGUACUGGUCUACGGUGCCCUGAGUGCAGUGUAAAAUUUGAGAGUGCCGAAGACUUGGAAAGCCAUAUUCAGAUUGACCACAGAGACUUGGCACAUGAUGCUAGUGGCCAAAGGAAAGUAUCUCAAACAUCUCCCGUACCCAGAAAGAAAACCUACCAGUGCAUCAAAUGCCAGAUGACCUUCGAGAAUGAAAGAGAAAUUCAGAUCCAUGUUGCCAACCAUAUGAUCGAGGAAGGAAUCAAUCAUGAGUGCAAGCUGUGCAACCAGAUGUUUGACUCUCCAGCAAAGCUUCUCUGUCACCUGAUUGAGCACAGCUUUGAAGGCAUGGGAGGAACAUUCAAAUGCCCUGUUUGUUUUACAGUUUUUGUACAGGCAAAUAAACUACAGCAACACAUCUUUGCAGUUCAUGGGCAAGAGGAUAAAAUAUAUGACUGUUCUCAAUGCCCUCAGAAGUUCUUCUUUCAGACAGAGCUUCAGAACCACACGUUGAGCCAGCACGCACAGUGAGCCGGUGGCACUACAGGACUUCUCUCUGCAUAAGACUUGACGGAGGCACAGUGGGGAGGACCAUUUGAACAUUACAUCCAAUCAAAGUGUCAUUUGCAACCCAGAUGUAAAACUCUAAUGAUUUGGCCAUGAGGCGCUGCUAUUAUAAGCAGCUGGAAAUGAAUAUUAAUGGAAGAGAUUAAAAGUAUUCCAUGCUCAGUAUUUUUAUUGUCCUGCUUCUUACUAGUGUACUUUAGAGCUUCUGCUUCUGACUGAAUUUAUAGUGUUAGAAUAAUCAUUUGCAAUGAUGUUGUCUUUUUGUUGCCUCUUGUAUUAUAUUGAUAGUUCAGAGCUUUGGAGUGUUUUUUUUAUUUUCUGCAUCAUUUAAUUGCUAUUUUUUUUAUUUUAUUUUUUUAGUUGUGUGUUUUUUUCUGUGAUGUGAUGGAUUGGCAGCUGUCUAUUCCAUUUUAUUAUUUGUAUUUUUUACUUAAAAAAAAAAAAAAAUGAAAUAAACUAAUGCUUUGAUUGGAUUUGUCAGUUCACAGAGGACAGUCUAUUGAAUAUAAUCCGCAACUGGAUGGUCUGCUUUUUAAAUGUGACAUUAUCUGAUUUACAAUAACUAAAUACAGUACAAUAAAGGGAAAUAAGACCA